AUGCGAGGAGGCAUCGGCCAAUUUUCUUACCGGCUCGACAUCCGUGAUAAUGUCAUCAUUGUUACGCCGAAUACGCAUCCCAACGAAACGUCUGUCCUCUUCCUUCUCUUCUUCCUGUGCAUCGCCGUCGUCGUCCUCGCGUUCGUUGCACUGCUUUGCAUCAGCUGCCGGGUGAGGAAGAUAAAUAAGCACAGCAACUUGCAAAACUCGCCGUUGCAAUCCCCCCACGUGGUGCCAGGCAGCAGUCCCCAAGUGCAGCUAAUGUCUACUACUGUCACCAUCACUGAGCCGGUCCCCGCUCGGCUGAAGCGGCCUAAACCGAUCAUGCCUAAGUCGAUGACGAGGCGUGACGAGGUGCGUGGCCAGCAGCGCCGACAGCGAUACGACUCCAGCGAUCAGCGAGCCAUGCACGCGAUUCACGCUUACGAAGGACAUUACGCCAGAGAAAAUCGAAAGGAUCACGAAGGGCGCGAGGCUUGA